CAUGACUGAAACUGCUGGAAAGAUCAUUCACUGCAAAGCUGCUGUUGCAUGGGCUGCUGCUUUACCCCUGUCCAUUGAAGAUAUCGAGGUUGCGCCGCCAAAGAAAGGAGAGGUCAGAAUCAAAAUCAUAUCUUCUGGUGUCUGCCAUACUGAUGCGUAUACACUUUCUGGUGCGGACCCCGAAGGAAUUUUUCCAGCUAUUCUUGGCCAUGAAGGUGGUGGUAUUGUCGAGUCGAUCGGCGAGGGUGUGACUUCUGUCGCUGUUGGCGAUCAUGUUAUUCCUCUCUAUAUCCCCGAAUGCAGAAACUGCAAGUUUUGCAAAUCUGGAAAGACCAACCUGUGCUCGGUUGUUCGUAACACUCAGGGACGUGGGCUAAUGCCUGACGAGACUACUCGUUUCACUUGCAAAGGAAAACAGAUUUUUCACUACAUGGGCACUUCGACUUUCAGUGAAUACUCGGUUGUUCUUGAGAUCUCUCUAGCAAAAGUAGAUCCAAUUGCUUCGCUUGAAAAAGUAUGUCUUCUCGGAUGUGGUGUUACAACUGGUUAUGGUGCUGCUGUUAAUACUGCCAAGGUUGAUGCUGGAUCUACCGUUGCAGUGUUUGGCCUUGGAGGCGUUGGCCUCAGUGUUAUUCAGGGUGCCAAAGCAUGUGGUGCAAGCCGCAUUAUUGGUGUUGAUCUAAAUCCUUCCAAGUUUGAGCUCGCAAAAAAGUUUGGUGCUACCGAGUUUGUCAAUCCCAAAGACCAUCAUGUUCCUAUUCAGCAGGUUCUUGUUGAUCUAACUGAUGGCGGUGUUGAUUAUUCGUUUGAAUGUAUUGGUAAUGUGAAUAUUAUGCGAGCAGCACUUGAAUGCACCCACAAAGGAUGGGGCGUAUCUACCAUCAUUGGUGUCGCUGCAUCUGGCCAGGAGAUUCAAACUCGUCCAUUCCAGCUCGUCACUGGCCGCGUAUGGAAAGGAUCAGCAUUUGGCGGUGUCAAGGGUCGUACUGAGCUUCCCGGUCUCGUCAAAAAGUAUCUUGAUGGCAGCCUUGAUAUUGAUAGCUAUAUCACGCACCGAUUCAAUCUUGCUGGUAUCAACGAGGCAUUUGAUGCCAUGCAUGCUGGUCUGUCCAUCCGAUCCGUUAUCAACUUUUAA